AGCCACGGAGAACUGCACCCGGGCUGGAGCCCCUUCACUGAGGAUUUUGGCUUUUAACGAUGUGGCAGCUGGAGCGCCGGGGCUCAGGAUGUAGCCCACCGAGGCUCCUCUUGCUUGUUUACACCUCUGUGUGCGCGCUCGGAGAUUGCCUUUUCGUGACUGAAUACUUCACCCGCACGCCUCGUAAGCUGAAUGCUUUCAACUCCUUUGCGAGUGUGGAACUGUUCCACUUCAAUGUGCCUGACGACACCAUGAUGGCCGUAUGGAACCUCAUCACCUUCAAGGAGCAAGGCGGCACGUUCGGAGACAGCUGCCCCAAUCGCAAUGUGACUGUGUACUUCAGGUCCGGGGCUCCUCCAGUAAUAAAUCCUCUUUACACCCAUUUCCCUCGGGAUACGGUCGUCCCAGGAUCCUUUGCAGUGACUCUAACCUGGACUCUCCCAAACCGUACAACAGGAGCAUUCAAUGUGACCAGCCCACUCCCUGGAGACUGGUUCCUGGCUGCACAUUUACCCAAGGACGAAGGCAAGAUCUCAGUGAAGGGUCUGUCUGAAGAGUGCCAGUAUCUGUUCCAGCCUCAGCUCAUCGUCCAGAGACUGAUCGGGAUUUCGGUACUUUAUCCAGGAUACUUCAUCGACCAGAUGAUCCCAGCCCAUAACAGAUCUGCGCUUUAUAAAGUGUUCAUCCCCAAUUAUAUAUCCAAGGUGAAGGUUCAGCUGGUAAAUUGCAGCACCAGGAACAAGAGUAGUGAGAGUUGUCCCGUGGUGCUGAAGAUAAGAGCGAGGGCACCUCCAGUGCAUAAUUCAAGUGCCCUCGACUGCAGGGAGUGGAACCCCUGUGAAUUAGACACCCUUGUACCUGCCUGGGAACAAUGGUACUACAUCCUGGUGGAGCGAUAUCUCAGCAACUCCAAUGUCUACUUCCGCAUCGGGGUGCAGGUCACAGAUUGCUCCAAGUCCAACUUGUCAAAGGACCAACCGCAGCCCAGCUCCUCCAUGAACAUGCCUCAGUCUUUUGGAACAGCGAUGGGUUUCUCCAUCUCUGACACCAUGUCUAUGGCAGCCCUGCCUGGCCCAUCACAGAAUGCCACUCACCUCCACACCUCAGAGGACAGCAUUGUUUACCUCGCCCCCACAGCAGACAGCAACAGGUGCUGGCCUAUUCGCCCCACUUUGCGCAACGAGCUGGACACCUUCUCCGUGCACUUCUAUGUCUUCUUUGGUCCAAAUAUAUCGAUUCCACCUGACAGAGCCGCCGUGUUCGCCAUUAACCUGAUGCCUGUUUUAGACAGCGGAGGAGUCCUCAACAUGGAGCUUAAACUCAACCUGUCGACGCUGAGAGGAAAUAAUGUCACAGUGUUUGGCUGCCUGAACCACGGGAUGCCUCUUUUCUUACGGGAGAACUCAUCACUGAAAUGUGAAUCAGAAUCAGUGGCUGGGUUUUUUCUCACUGUGAAUUCCUCUGCUAAUAUCACCAAACUGAGGAUUCCCUAUCCACAAACAGGCACCUGGUACCUCAGUCUGCGCUCUCUGUGUGCCACUGAACACGGAUUUGAAGCCUGCACCAAUGUCACAGCUGAGGUUUAUAUGCGUGCAUAUCUAACUCCAUGCAUCAAUGACUGUGGGACGUAUGGACAGUGCAAGCUCCUGCGUACCAACAACUACCUUUAUGCAGCUUGUGAAUGCAAAGCAGGCUGGGACGGCUGGGGAUGCACAGACAACUCGGAGGCCUACUCCUACAGCUUCCAGCUCCUCUCCACCCUGCUGCUCUGCCUCAGUAACUUGAUGUUUGUUCCUCCUGUGGCCAUUGCCAUCCGAAGCCACUACCUGCUGGAGGCGUCCGUCUACAUCUUCACCAUGUUCUUCUCCACAUUCUACCAUGCAUGUGACCAGCCGGGUAUUGUGGUCUUCUGCAUCAUGGAAUACGACGUCCUGCAGUUCUGUGACUUCCUCGGCUCGCUCAUGUCAGUGUGGGUCACUGUCAUCGCUAUGGCCAGGCUAAAAUCAAUCAUCAAACAGGUGCUGUAUCUGCUGGGGGCGAUGUCUCUGUCCAUGGCUCUGCAGCUCGACCGUCACGGUCUGUGGAACCUGCUGGGGCCCAGUCUGUUUGCUCUGGGCAUCAUGGCUGUAGCCUGGACUGUGCGCACCAUCCGCCGGCGACGGUGCUAUCCGCCCACCUGGAAGCGCUGGGUGUUCUUCCUAUUCCCGGGAACCAUGAUUGCCACAUCAGCCGUGGCCCUUUAUGCCUUCGUGGAGACAGAGGAGAACUACUUCUACAUCCACAGCAUCUGGCACAUGCUAAUCGCCGGGAGCGUGGGCUUCCUGCUGCCACCUCGCGCUAAACCUGAUGCCAAGGUGACCCCGCUGAAACGUAGGCGGGGCUGUGGCUAUCAGCUGUGCGUGAAUGAGCACGAGGAAUUGGGCCUGGUGGACCCUGCCAUCAUCUCCAUCAAUAGCAUCUGUACCAGCUGAUAAACUCCCCACCCCACCCAACCCCCCCGCCUUUUACCUUACAGACACUUCAUUGCCUUCUUUUACCUGGGAAAUUCACACACGGGAAACUAAGCCACAGAACUUGAACAGCAAUGUAAAUACUUUACUGCAGAUGUGACACAAUGGAAUUGAGUUUUUCUUUUGUUAUUAUUGUCAUGUAACUAUUAUCAAUACAACUGUAAUUAUUAUAACCUAUAGUUAAAGUUGUUCUGAUGAAUUGUGGGUGUACAGUGACACACUGGUGUUUGUGAAUAUGUAUUUAAAGUCAAAGCUGAGACACUGCUGCUAUCUGACGGUGACUGUAAAACUGCUUCUGUUGGUUAUUUAUUGGUGGUCUUGUAAACAGGCCAAUUAUUUUA